AGCAGUAAUCUCUGAGUUGAAUCACCAAAUCAAAUCAUUUCAUUUCAUGGCGCGUUCCGAAUACCUCGUUGCUAUUGGCUACAAACAUACGCGUCCCCUGGUCCAAAGAUUCUUGGGAAGUUACACAUUUUCAAUUCCGCGAUUUAAUAAGAAGCACGAAUAAUUAAUAAAAUAUAACGGGAAAUCAUCUCAAAGGCCAAUCAACGUUUAAAUUAAUCAAUACCCAUCAAUUACACCCUGAACGAGUGGUUGAAUACUUUUUGGAAAUCAUGAAAAUUUUUUUGUGUCGAUAAUUGUUUCGUGCAGCGUUACCUCAUUUCUAUUUAUUAUUCACUUGAAUUAUGUGGUUUUUUUUUCUCAUUGAGUUUGGAUGAAUACGAGGAUUAUUUGGAGAAAAAUUCGUGCGCAGAUGCUUUCACCUGGUGACGUGAUUUAUGUCUCAAUUCCGAGGGUAUAAAUUGUUAAAAAUAAAUAAUAUACACAUGUGUAUAAAUUAGCAAAAAAAAACACAAUUUGGCGCUCAAACUUGCGCGUUUUGGUUCCGACCGUUGAAGCGUGAUCGAGACUCGAGUGCGUUGCGGUACGGCGUUCACCAUUUUCCUCUGAAAAGGUUGAAUUAAUUUAUUGUUCUUAAGACUAGUUUUGGGCCAUUCUGUGAAGUGUUUGAAAGUAAAAGUGGGGCCAGUCGAUAUAAGUGAGUGGUGUUGAAGUACGUUUGUGCAUUUUCAAAGGUUUGAAUUAAGUAUUUAGUGAGUGCGAUAAAUAUAACCCCCGGUCUCCUGAGAUCGGCCACGCCGGUGUAUUUUUUCAAUUUAUUUUUCAUCAUUAUUCUUUUUGACGAAACCUCGCCAGAACAAUGUCCGUGGAGACUUUAUCAGACUCGGAAUUGCGGAGCAAAUUAGCCGAGUAUGGAUACCCAGUGGGGCCUGUUACCCUCACGACGAGAAAUAUCUUGGUUAAGAAACUCAAGAAAUUAAUCGAGGAUCGCGAGUCUGGCUUCAAAGGGUCCAACCGACAGUCUCUUGCGGCUAAAUACAGCAGCGAUGAUACAGAUGACGACUCAGUAUCGACGGGAAAAAAAAAGAAAUCUAGCACUUCUAGGCGACAAACUCUUGCCAAUCCCAUGCCACCUCCUGCACCGGCAGUUGCACCGAAAAGCCCUUCAAGGCGCAGAACUGCCUCCAGGACAAAUAGUCAUGACACUAGUCUAGGUCCGGAGCCUUAUGUACAACUUGAAACCCCUGUGAAUGUUUCUACUAAAUCCGUUAAAUCUGUAUCAUCCAGGAAAGUAACUAGGAAUUACAAAUCCUUGCCGGUAUCUGCCGAUGGCUUGGAGACUGGUUCUGAUUCUGAUAUAACAGAUGAACCUGAGAAACAUUAUUCAACGUCAAAAUAUAAGGUCAACGAGACAAAGCCUAGAGAGACCACAUCUUAUGUCCCUACAAAUCUUGAUUAUGAGCCUUCGGCAAAACCAUACGAAUCAAAACAGAGGUCUAUUUUCACCAACAAUGAAGAUAAUUACGUUGCAUCGAACUUCAAGGUCAAUAUAUCUCCCAUUCAAAGCCGGACAGACGAAGCUUUCAGGGAUAAAGAAGACCCACUUGCCAAUAUUGAAACCCCAUAUUUAUCUGAUUUUACGAGAAGACUAAGCCGAAUAUCGUCGAGCCAACUUCCGUCGAGAUCUAGUUUAGGCUCUCCUAUAUUACGCCACUCUCCAGCAUUGCCGGAGGUUAAAGAAACUGAUACUAACGGUCAUUUUUCUUCUCUACAAUCGAAAUACCUGUCUCCAUCUACACGUUACAAUAUUUUGGCAUCUGAAAGACCUGCAAUAGCAAGAACCUUUCCUUUGUCAUCUGACGGUAAAGAAUUGAAGAACAACCAUAACUUGAUAUCUGUUAUACUCUUGGGCGUUUUGUUGCUGUUUUUCAUUGUUUUGGCCGUCGUUUAUUUGGGACUUGGUGCGGGAAAGAACGACGCCUUCUCAUCUAGCGAUGAUAACAACCAUUUUCCAUUCUGCUCAGCGGAUGUUCCAAACUGGAAUAAACCUGGAGUGAAUUGUAUUUUGAGAGGAACGGAGGGUACUGCUGUACAAUUAUUGAAGAUAUUGCAGUUCGAAUUAACAAGAAAAGCUAUCAGUUACAACUGCGAGGAUACCACCGAUGUCCCUUACAUGACGGAUGCGGAUGUUGCGCAGUUAUCAAGUAAAAAUUUGGAUGAAAUAGACCUCAAAGAAGACCUGUACAAUGCGCAGUUACUAAUUCUCCAGAAUCCCAAAUGGGGGAUUUCACUUAUUGAGGUUGAUGACCAGAACAAAGAUUCGACGGACAUCAAAAUAAUCGAUAAAAUGGAGCGAGUUUUGGAAAAACGUUUAAAUGGAAAAGUUGGAAUGGUUGUUUUACAUCCUGAUGUUCCAAUGAAGUGCCUCAUCAAGAACAAACUUUAUACCAUGCUGACAUCGAUUUUGGCCGUAGCCGUCGGGGCUCUUCUGAUCAUCGGAGGUCACAAAUUACUGCUCUGGCAUUUAAGGCAGAAAAAAGAAUCUGAAAAUGAAGUAUUUCGUUUGGUCAGCGAGAUUAUAAGCAUGCUCGAAAUGCACCAUCAAAAUGCAGCUGUAGCGAGCCCAGGUGGUACGCAGGAAAAUUAUCUAGCCAUAAAUCACGUACGCGACAAUUUGAUACCACCUAAAGACCGAAUAAAGAUGGCAAGCAUUUGGAACAAGGCAGUGAAGUUUUUGGACGAGAACGAAUCUAGGGUUCGCCAAGAAGUGCAACAAGUCACAGGCGAGGAAUUUCAUGUCUGGCGUUGGCUGCCAAGCAACAACUUGAAUACAUCAUCGGUUCAAACAGGAACAGCUGGAAAUAAGAAAACAAAAGUGUGGCAGGGACAGGCUUUUGAAACAAUGGAGGGCUCCGUCAACAGUUUGCCAUGCUCACCAACGCCUUGUCUAAAGAUUCGUUACAUGUUUGACCCAGAUGUAGAAUUCGAAGAUGAUUGGGAGACGAAAGUUCAGGACGCUAUAUUAGAAAAAUGUGGUGAAGACGUCAAAAUCUUGCACAUUCGUGUUGAUCGCGGUAGUCGAGAGGGUUGCGUCUACAUGAAAUGUAUGUCGCAAGAGGAUGCUGGGAAGGCAUAUCGGGCUCUUCAUGGCUGGUGGUUUGACAGUAAACUCGUCACUGUAAAAUAUCUCCGACUUGAACGCUACCGUGAAAGAUUUCCCGAUUCGUUACACUGUGUUACCCCAUUGAAACCAAGUAACAAUCAGAGAUUAUCAAUGCAGGCGCACAAUUGGCAAAGUCCAUCGGAGACUAUUUGAGUAUACAUGUGUAUUUAUUAUUUUCAAUUAAGGGACUAAAAAAAAAUCGAAAGACAACGAGAAGUAAAUGACAGAAAGAAAGAUAAACGUAACGAAUAACAAUUAUAUCUGCCAUCACUCGGUGUUAUCACUUUUUUACAAAAAAGUAAUCAGAGUUUCAUCUUUUCAUAAGGAAACACAAUAAUAAUAAUUACAAUGCAGAAAUUUUUAAAUUACAAGAUCAUUAAAAUCACCGUAGGAAUAAAAUAAAACAACGACAAAUAUGAUAAUGUUGAUAAUUUUAUUUUUCUCAUUUGUUUGUUUAUUUCAUGUUGUCUUCAUCGUAUCAAAUUUUACUCACCUGAUCUGACAAUUUAUCCAAAUUAUUCGAUAAAAUUUCUUGCAAAAGAUAACGUUAUAAUCUACAAUUCAUCAACCAAUAUUUUUGAUAUCAAAAAAUAUGAAAACAAACAAUCUCUCUUGGAGUGAAUCACUGUUUAGUAGAUAGAAAGUUGUUGGGACGAAACGAAAUAGGGGGAAAUAUAAUUAAAUCCAUAUUAAUGUACGUGAAUAAUGUUUGCCAGGGACCAUUGGCGAUCGACAUCAUGAGUACCUACACAUUUUUUAAACUGGAACGUUUUAAGAACCUUUUUUUAUUAUUAAUGUCGUCAUAAAAUAGCACAACUCUAACAACACGUAAUAUCAGAGAUUAAGGUUUGUACCUUGCUUUUUAACUUUGGAUAAUUAUUCUUAUUUUUACUUUUAUUAUCAUCGUCAUCAUCAUCAUUAUAAUUAUAAUAAUUAAUAUUAUUAUUAUUAUUAUUACUAUUAUUAUUAUUAUUAUUAUUAUUAUUAAAACUAAGAAAAUAGUACCGACACGUUACAGUUGAAAAGUGUUUCUUCUAGCUUCGUAUUAUCGAUUAGAUCUGUGCAAACUUUGGAGACGUACGAUACAGGUCGGUUAUUUCCCCAAAUUUUCACUUGGAAGUUGAAGCCCGGUAAGGCUCAUGGCUUUUCGGGAACCUAAUUUUAUUUUUAAACACAAGAGAAGAAUGAGAAAAGAAAAAAAAUCAAAAAAAAGUUCAAUGAAAAAUUGUAAAAAAAAAAAAGAAAACACAAUCAGGGAUUUAAAUAAACCAAUUUUAAUAAAAGCUUGUCGGAAAAUUUUUCAUAUAUUUUUCUCUUUUUUUUUUAUUUUUUUCCUUGUUUUUGGUUCAAUUUGUAACGAACGUAAUAAAUUGAAAUUAAGUAUACGAAAUUAACAAGUUUUAGACGAAUAUGGGAAAAUGGAUAAGUUUUAUGCUUUUUUUUUCUUUUGUUCUCAAUAAAUCUACAGUUAAGUUAUUAUAGUGACAAAUUAACAGAUAUUUAAGUUGACUCAAAAAUGAAAAGAAUGAAAAAAGAGAAAAAAAAAACAAAACAGAUGCUGAAAUGAAUCUAAAAUCGUAAUAAGUUGCAUCAAAAUUCGAAAAAGAAAAAAAAAAAAUGUAUAAAAAGUAUGUUAGUAGGAUGUCUUUGUAACGGUUACUAUUAUGAUGACUAUUAUUAUUAAUAUUAUUACUACUAUAUUGAUGGUGACUAGAUUCAAUAAAAACUAUUUUAAACAAACAAUCCUCACUUUUUGCUAUACGAAGUAUAAAUAACACAAAAAGGGAAGUAAAGACAAUAGAAGAUGAGAUGAUAACGACGAUCAGGUUUUGAUGUUCAUUCAUCUGAUUCAUAACAUUGAGAUUAAACUAGCUAUUUUUGCUGAAUGAAAUCUGCAUUUUUACAUUAGAUACGAUCUCUGGGUGUUCGUCACUUGCAUCGUAAUGAUUCAAUAUUAUCCUCCUGAUAUAUCUGCAUGUGUCAUAGCAUUGUUACCAUGGCUAUAAGUGGUACACAACAAUAUCGGCUGCGAUCAGGCUGUCAUUUCUUUGUCUAAAAACUCUUAAAGUUAUACUACUUUAAUAUGACAGUGUCGAAAAGAUAUUAUCCAACGCAAUGCGGCAGUGUCGAGUGGUGAUAUCGGUAGAAAUUAAUUUGUUUCGAUUAGGCAAUAUUCAUUAUUGAGCAAUAAAAAAAUUACUGCUGCUAUUCAGUCGGGAGAGGGGCAAAGAAAUUUGUUUACGUAAAUCAGUAUAAACCCGCCGUUAACUGUGGUUUAAAUCUGUAGAAAGAAAUUAUUAACGGUGAAUAUAAGACAUGAAAUCUAUAAACCGUCAUUCUAAUAUCAUUUCGGCACUACAUUCUAUCUGAAGACACAGUGGAUACCACAUCAAUUGUUUUUUCAUAUUUUUACUCGCGUAUUCAGGUGCUAAUUUUUUAGUGGAAACUGAUAACGAUCGCUGAAUUACCUUCGCUCGGGUAAAUCCUGUAUAACAACAAGCAAUUUGACAUUGUAAUCGAAUCAUGGAAUAUUAGACAUUGAUAAGCGCUAUGGUAUUAUGUAUGGUUUUUAUUAGUAGAUCGAAUACCGUGUUUCUAACAGUGAAACGUAUUGUAUUUUUCCUUUCAUUGUUCGUUUUGUUAUCUUAGUAACUCUGAUUAUCUCCAAAUAAUAGAUCAUUUGGAUCGAUACUGAUUUCCGAAACUCCGAGCCAUUGAUGAGUUGAAUUGUAUAUGUAAUCAGUGGCUGAUAUGGUAUAAUUAAAGUUUUUGAGUCCGAUUAUUUCAAUUGCUCUUUUCGUUCGUUCGGCUUUGUGGCUUCUGAUAUAUUUAA